CGGGAUCCUUCGCGUGCGUCGUGUGCGGCUGCGCGGGCUUCCCAUCCCUCACACCGGCGGCUCACUCCGCAUUUUACCAUGCCUUUCACCCGAGACCCCUUCCAGCACCCUACGUUGGAUAACGAUGAUACCUUCCUGGGAAAACUCCGGGCUUCCAAGAAACUGCCAUAUAAGAACCCAGCUCACCUUGCUCAGCAACAGCAACCCUGGAGUCGGCUCAGCUCAACUCCCACAAUCACCUCCAUGAGGCGGGAUGUUUCUUUUUUUGAUCCUGAGAUACCAAAGGAUGACCUGGAUUUCUGCUUAGCAGCCUUGUACAACCACCACACAGGGACAUUCAAGAACAAAAGUGAGAUACUCUUACACCAGGAGACCACCCAGGAUACCCAUGGAAUCAUCAAGACCCAAUUCCCUGGAGAACUUUUACCCCCUCCUCCGCCACCUUCCAUCACUUCCCGAGCUAACAUCAGACACUGGAUCAACCCUAAGAAGGAGUCUGUCCACAGCAUCCAGGGAUCCAUAGUGUCCCCUCACACUGCAGCCACCAAUGGAGGCUACUCCCGAAAGAAUGAUGGUGGCUUCUUCUCUACCUAAUGUUGACAGGUCCCUGGACUAAAUUAAUCAUAAUGGAACAUCCUGCUGCCCACCUCCAUUAAAUAGAAUUGUGCUGGAUGAAGCCUCAAGUGUGUUACCCAUGGACUUAAGAGUUGGCACUUGACUGCUCUUAAAAUGUGGGAGGGAAGUUUUCCAACUUCUAGAAACUAGUCCUGCUGGACAUAUUUGCAAUUUGGAAAGUCAUCUUGCUGAAAAGCUAAGGAUUUAGAACAAAACAGCACAUGGGGCACCUUUGUGGCUCAGUUGGUUAACCAUCUGACUCUUGGUCUCAGCUCAGGUCUUAGGUCUCGGGUCGACUUUAGGCCCCACAUUGGGCUGGGUGUGGAGCCUACUUAAAAAAGCAAAACAAAAAACAGUACUGUGUUUGGCAGGGGACAGGUAUUCAUAUUUUGUAAACUGGACUCAUUCCAAACAUAGAAAUAUCCAUUCAACAUUUCUUGCAAACUUGUAUGUCAGCCACUGAGCUAAGUGUUGGGGAAACAAGAGUGGACAUAGCUCAUUCUCUUAAUGAGCUUACCACACCAUAAUUCUGGUAACUCUAUGUAGCGUUAACGUUUAUGCUGAGGUCACACUUAACAUAUUUCAGACCUUCCGGUUUUAGUCAUCUGCUGGGCUCUACUUUUCCAUAAGGGUUCCAUCUUCCUGGACCUGGCUCCUUGCCACUGUUCAUUCUCUUAUUUUGCUAUCUUCUUGCCUGGGAGUCCAUUCCUUUUUGUCAGUUUGUGCUGUGAAAUACAGCUCUUGAUUCUUAUAAAUGUGGUUCAACAACCUGGUGCUUGGGCUUGAAGGUACCUAAAAACAUGCAUUAAUGUGGUUUCUAAAAUUAUAAGUCACUCAGGGGAACCUGCUGUUAGAUUGGGCAAGAAAUUGCAGAUCUUUCAUAAUAUUGCAGGGUAAAUUCCCAUUUCUAAGUUUGGACAGCAUAUGCAUUGUUGAAUAAUUCAGAGAUGAAAGAGCUUCUUCCUGUUACUCAGGUACAGGGUCCUUAAAUUCCAUCAAACUAUCGCAGUCCCUCUUCCACAGAGAUACUCCAACCUAUUCAGAUAGUAUCUGCUGCCAAGUGGCAAUAUCAAAUUUCAGUUCUCAUUAUUUAGAAUGGCUGAAAGUGACAGAGAGGGGUGACUCUCUGGCUAAUCAUCUCAUGCAGGUUGAUACUAAAUAUUAAAAAAUUUAUUACCGUGACCCAUAUACAUCGAUGCUUUUAAAAAUAGACUCACAGACUGCCCUAAUAAUUCUAAUUCAGUAAACCUGGGGCGGGUCCCUGGAAUCUUAACUCUUAUAAGCUCUGCAAGUUCUCUUAUGGAGAAAUAUAUAUAUAUAUAACGCAUAUAUAUAUAUAUACACACACACGUAUAACCUUUAGCAGCAGACGCUGUACGGGGGGGCACCAGUGUUAGUACCACACAAAGGGCCAUCACACGUCGGGCCUAAACGAAAAAAGGGAAGAGACUAAGGAAAAACACUGCAGCAGCAAACAAGGCUUCCGUGCCCUUCCUGCUCCCGCGGUUCGGGCGACGGCUCCUUCACCCCCGCUUUCGCCCCCCAACGCCGGGGCCCGCCGCCAACUGCUAACGCUUAGCCGCGCCCCGGGGCCGGGCUCAGAUCAGAAUCGCCUCGAUAAUCAUUGGCCCGGGACAAGCCCGGCCUCGUCUAUCUGAUCAAUUCAUCACUUCUGAGCGCCGGGCCCCGUAAGACCGGCUCCGGGACCGCGGCGUUACCGCCGCCCAAGGGGCCUCGCUGCACAGCGCCCCGAUGAAGGGGCUUCGCAGGAGGAUAACUUUUCAUCUCGGGUCGGCCCGGCGGGGCUAGGGUCACAACCCGAUCAAAUAAGAUCAAGGUGUAGGCGGGGGGAGGGGCUCAGGGACGGGCACACGCACUCGCCUUGCACGCCCCAUGCGCACACUCCCACAUUCGCGCGUCCACUCACUCAGCCCACACGCGCUUCCACGCAGCAUCGCACCACAACACAGACCACCCUCGCCCCAGGCCGCUCUCCCUCUGGGAAGAAAGCGGAUGUCCGCACCCUCUUUUAAAUUCCUCCGCCCCCUCCUCUGCCUCGGAGGGUUCUGGGAAGAACCACUGAGCACAGGCUCUCGGCCGGCAUGCGCUUUGCUGCCCCCGCGUGGCUCGGAGGCGAACCCAGGUGCCGGAGAAAAGCUGAACAAAUUUGCGCCAUACUAAAUCGUGCUUGUCUUAAUGAUCUUUGUGCAGGGACAUAUUUAUAUCCGUAUCUGUAGUUUUCCUUUGAUCUUUGACCCGAGUUUUUGUCCCAACUUCUGAAUAUAAGAUGAUUCAGUCUUAGGAGAUUUAUAGGUGACUGCUUUCCCAUGGAGAAGGCAAAUCCUGGUCAUUAACCAGUAUCAGCUUCCCCAGGAGCUCCUUCCCCCAGGGGAGACGGAAACCAUUUUACCAAAGGGAAAGGUGAGAAUAGAUUAUUUAAAACCAAUGUCUUGGUAGUCAGGAUAACUGUGAAAUGAAUAGAGGUAGGAAGGCAUAUCCCUGUCAUUUACAAGAGCCCCCUGGCUACCGAGAACUUGAUGCUAUGGCAGUCAUAUUGCUGAACCUUCACUUACUUUCAACUUUCGAACUCCCCAGUGAGUAGUGAAAAAAAAGUAGUGAUUAUAUAAUGAGAAUUAGCUCCUUUCACAUCAGGGAACGCAAUUUUAAUGUCUCAGUUUCUUCUUUCUCCUUCUUCAAUGAAAAAGGUGUAUGUGUGGGUAAAUCAGAAGAACUUGGUGAAUUUAUAAUUUGUAACUGCCAGUUCCACCACACACUUGAAAUAAACAAAUAGGGGGAAAUAUCCAUUUAUGUGCCGGAAUCCCAUUGGCUGAAGGAUUUUCUAGGUGCAUGGCUGGUUAACCUCAUUUCAAUGAAGACGUUUAUGGCUGGUAAUGGCAGAUAAUAUUUGUAUUUUAAUAGCAGUGGUAGAUAAAAUGUAUUGAGUGUUAUCUGCCUUACUUAACAUACCUCAAAACUUAUUGGUAUAUACAUGCUUAUAUAUAUAAGCUGAUACAUGUUAUCAGCUCCCUCAAAGGAGAAAACUACACCUUCAUAAAUUCUGAACUAUCAUAUAUUUGGUGACCAUCAC